UCCGUCUACGCCCGUCUAUCAUCCAAUUAACUGUUAAAUUAGGCGGGUUCAAAUCCGUAAAAAAUGCUUCUGAACGAUAUUAUUAGCGGAAAAGUAGAUGACGCCGUAUAUAUUAUUGCGGAAAUUGGCCAGAACCACCAGGGCUGCCUGGAAACGGCCAAAAAGAUGAUUUACGAGGCCAAAAAAUCCGGGUGCCAUUGCGUUAAGUUCCAGAAAUCCAAUUUGCCCGCAAAGUUCACGCAACCCGCUUUGGAUCGGGAAUACAUCAGUGAUCACGCCUGGGGAAGGACUUACGGAGAGCACAAGGAGUACCUAGAGUUUUCCAAAGAUCAGUACCUCAAACUGCAGGCCUACAGCGAGGAAAUAAAUGUAGACUUUACAGCUUCCGCAAUGGAUGAGUGCUCUCUGGACUUUCUGGUCGAACUGAACGUGCCGUUCAUUAAAAUUGGCUCCGGAGAUGCAAACAACUUUCCUCUUCUGAAAAAAGCGUCCCGGUUGGAUUUGCCCUUGGUAAUCUCCACCGGAAUGCAGACCAUGGAAACGAUCGAGAGGAUUGUGCAAACAAUGGAGGAUGCUGGAAAACGGGACUACGCUCUAAUGCACUGCGUUUCAUCUUACCCAACGGCCCCUAAAGAUUCCAAAUUGCAACUGAUUUCCAUGCUGAAGAGGCGCUUUCCUGAUGUUCCUAUUGGUUAUUCGGGGCAUGAACUGGGAGUGGUCAUUAGUCAAGCAGCUGUCUUGCUAGGAGCACGCAUAGUGGAGCGCCAUUUCACGCUGGAUAAAGGUCAGAAGGGCUCCGACCAUCAAUGCUCCCUCGAACCCCAAGAAUUGGGAACCCUAACCAGAGCUAUUACUAACUUUAACCUGUCGGCAAUUCCGCUGCCUCCUAAAGAAAUCUUACAAAAACUAAACGGCGGUCAAGAACUGGAGGAAGCUCUUCAGGACGCUCAGUGCAAAACAAUUUUACCUUGCGAGUUACUCUGUCGAAAUAAACUGGGCAAAUCCAUCGUUGCAGCUAGGACUAUCAAUAAAGGGCACAGACUGCAGUUGACGGACAUCGCUAUCAAAGUCAGCGAACCCAGCGGCCUAACAGCGGAAUCAUACAUGACCAUAAUCGGCAAGGAAGUAACAGACAAUCUUGGUGAGGAUGAACCCAUAUUUGGGAGUAGUAUAAUUCUUUAGGUCAAGAGCUUUGGAAAAAUACAUGAAGUGCAACAUGAAAUACAGUUGUAAAAUAAAUAGA